CGCCGCCACCGCCUCGUGACUUCCCGAACCGUCUCGCCGCCCACCCCCGCCGGCCGCCGGUGGCUGAAGCAGGCGCUGGCCGGUAGGCCGCACCGCCUCGAACCCUAAGCGCGCACCAGCGGAAUCGCCGCGACCCCGAGCCCCUCGAAGCGGGAGGGAGGGGGACCAUGGAGUCGGAGGUAGUGAGGGCGGAGAUGCUGCUGGCGCCGACGAUGGCGUUCAAGAAGGUGCAGACGGCCGACAAGUACCCCAAGGGUCAGUCCCGCGGCCGCCAGUGGAAGCACCUCCGCCACCUCCUCCAGGCCGCCGACGCCACCUCGCUGCCCCCGGACCGCCCCAACUAUUUAAAUAUUCAGUCACCCCCAUCCGUUUAUCCACCAAAGAGAUAUUGUGACGUAACAGGUUUUGAGGCACCAUACGUGGAUCCAAGGACGAAGCUGCGCUACGCUGAUCCUGAGGUCUUCAGGCAGAUCAGAAUGCUCCCCGAAGAAUACGUCCAGAGGUACCUGGCCGUCAGGAACGCGGCAGUUGUACUACGAUAACAAGCUCCCUGCUUACCGUGCCUAUUCUUACUAGCGAAUGUCCCGCUCUGUAAUCCGAAUGCACGUCAUCGUUUCCCUCCUAGUUGUGUUGCUGGCUCACAUGUAGAAGAACUAGGGCUGAGCCCUUGAUACAUUUCCGAGAGAUAUUUUGUCUCUGUUAUAUUAUAUUGUCAUUAUUGCGCCUUGUGUGCGUCUCUGUUCUGUUA